ACCAACACAAAAUGAGUCUCAAACAUUUAAUCCUUAUUCUACCAAUUCACAAUUUUCACAAUUUCCAUUUAAUCCUUUUGUUUUUGCAGGUUCAACUCAAAUUCCAACUCAAGAGCAAAUGCAAACCCCACAUACAUCAAGCAAGAAGAGUUCUAGAGGACAAGGGCAAAGAGAGCGACAGCCAAACUGGACUAUACAAGAGGAUGAAGCAUUGUGUAAAUCUUGGUUACAUAUUUCUGAAGAUGCAGUAGUCGGUACAGAUCAACAGAGAGGGAGGUUAUGGGACCGAAUUAGAAUGGAAUUCAUAAACAACUUAAAACAAGAUGUUGGCAGAAAUUCAAAUGGGCUAAUGAAUCGGUGGUCGACCAUUCAACAAAGCGUUAGCAAGUUUUCGGGAUACCUCAGUGUGAUUGAACGAGCUCGUAUAAGUGGAUACAAUGCCGAAGAUAAUAUGGGAGCAGCAACAAUAUUAUAUUUUGAGAAAGAAAAUCAUCAUUUUAAGUGGGAGACUUGUUGGCUAAUUCUGAAGGACACUUCAAAAUGGUACCGUCAUGUCAACGACCAACGAGAAAAACAGAAAAGAACUUCUCAAAGAAAAAGGACAGAAAUUAAUUUGGAUGAUGAUGAUGACGUUGGAGAGUCCUCCAAUGCACAAACUCCAUCAACUGAGCAAUCCACCCCUACUGGGACUCCAACCUCAGUUAGCCUUGAUGAUGAAGAUGGAUUAUCUAAUCACGACUCAACUGGACUAGUACGUCCUGAUGGUCGCAAAAUUGUAAAAGGUCCUACAAAAAAGAAGAAAAGUCUUCCUUCCAUGGACUUAUUUGCAAAGGAGUUCGCUAAUAUGAGGAAAGAAACAUCAAGUUAGUUCGA